GCUUUUUAAUGAAAUAUCCCAGGGAAUGUUGCUGAGUAUUUCCUCUAUAAUGCUACCAGCUUUGCUAUCUCCAGAGUCUAAUAUAAAAGUCGAUUUAGAUACUGCAUCAUGGAUUGCCUCAAUCAUAGGAGCUGGCGGAAUUCUGGGGUUUAUGCUCUCGGCAAUAAUAAUGGAAGUGUACGGAAGAAAACGAGCCUACAUCUUCUCGGUCACUCUUAGCAUGGUCGGCUGGAUAUGCGUUUAUUUUGGUACCGCAGUGCCUGUACUUUUAAUCGGAAGAUUGUUAGGCGGCGUCAGCAACUGUUCCACCGCUUCCAUCGGUUCAGUUGUCAUUGGAGAGUACACCAAUCCAAGAAUAAGGAGCGUAUUCCUAAAUCUGAAGGUAGCCGGGAUUUGGUGUGGAAUUUUAUUACUUCAUAUAUUAGGACAUUUCCUUUACUGGAAAACCGUGAUACUGGUACCUGUUACUUUAGCGGUUACAUCCUUUGCGAUAGUCUCCACUUGGCCCGAGAGUCCCUCCUGGUUCGCUUCAAAGAAUAACUUUAGGGAGUGCGAAAGAACUUUUUACUGGUUGCGUGGAAAAUCUACGGAUUCGGUGCAAGAGCUGAAAGAAUUGAUCGAAGCUCAGCAGAUAGCUCCUCAUAUGUUAGCAAAUUUUAAGGUCCAUGGGACAUUUGUUGCGACUGGGGCUGUUAUGUUUAUAAUGCUGGUAAGCCUCUGGUUUGUCCUACCAGAAACAAAAGACAAAACGCUGCAAGAGAUAGAAAAUUAUUUCAAUCAUGGAAGAUACAGUGUUGUUGAUGUUGACAAUGAAAAAUUAAAUAAGAAACCAAUAAAGAGUACCCAUGAUAGUACUGCAGAUAGUAUUUACUUUAAAAUUUAA